AUGACUGGCUCAUUCAACCUGGCGGGGGAGAAGAUCUCUGCCGCUCUUCCAAACGACGAUCGCAAAUGGUACCAAAGACGCAAUCUAGUAAAACUGAAUUUUUAUAUGUUCAGCUUCAUCCUCUACGCUGCAGCGAUUGGCUACGACUCUGCGCUGACGAACGCCAUACAGGCUCUGCCUCAAUGGCAAGAAUUUACAGGAUACCCCACCGGAACCUGGCUAGGAUUUAUUAAUUCGUGUCCCUUUAUCGGUACCUGUGCUAUUAUUUUUUUCGUGCCCUACUUCUGUGACAGGUUUGGCCGCAAACUGGUGAUUUUUGCAACCUCAUUCUUUAUUUGGGUUGGCGCAAUUGUGGCCGCGUCAGCCAAAAACAACGCAGCGUACAUUAUGGGUCGGAUCAUGAUUGGGUUUUCGUUUGCCUGCAAUUACGCUGCCUCAUUGUAUAUCAACGAGAUGGCAUUUCCAACCACCAGAGGAAAAUUCUCGGCAGCCUACCACUCAAUGUUUUACUUUGGCGCGUUGAUGGUUGCGUGGAUUGUUUUUGGAACCAGAUCGCUUCCAAACAGCAACAGUUGGAGGAUUCCACUCGCCUUGCAGGCGUUUCUCCCCUCUGCUCUCAUGCCAUCUCUGCUAAUGGCCCCCGAAUCACCAAGAUGGCUUGCAUCGAAGGGAAGGAUGGAAGAAGCACGAGAGAUUCUUAUGAAAUAUCACGCAGACUACGAGGAAAUGUACGUCCCGCUCGUGGACCUCGAGAUUGCCGAGAUCGUGGCUUCUAUCGAGGCCCAGAAAGCCAAUAACGUGGCUUCCUGGAGAUCGCUCGUGGCUACUCCAGGAAACAGGAAACGGAUGUUUGUUGGGUGUUUCACUGCUGCUUCGUGUUCCUGGUGUGGAACAGGAAUUGUCUCGUCGUAUCUCAGCACGGUGCUGGACGCCGUCGGGAUCACAAACACUCUCCAGAAAACUCUGAUCAACGCCUGUCUACAGCUGUCUAACUGGCUGUGCGCGGUCACAGGUGUGAUGCUGGUGGACAAGGUGGGAAGACGGACGCUUUUGCUGAUGUCCAUGAUCUCUCUAUUUAUUUUCUAUAUUCCGCUGACUACCAUCACCGCAGUUUACCAGGAAACAGGCAAGAAUGUGGGCCAGGGCAUCAUCGUGUUCAUUUUCCUGUGUCUAGGGUUUAACAACGUGGCCUUCAGUCCUCUCGUCACAGCGUAUCCGGCAGAGCUGUGGCCACAGGUGACGAGAUCAAAAGGGCUUUUCUCAGCAAUGUUUGUCCUCAAUGCCACCACGUUCUUCAAUAUUUUCGUGAACGGAAUUGCGCUGAACGCAAUCCACUGGAAAUACUAUUGUGUGUAUCUUGCAGUGCAGCUGGUGAUCAUCGGUGUCAUUUACUUUGUUUUUCCGGAAACCAGAGGCCACUCUUUGGAGGAGAUUGCACUUAUUUUUGACAAGGACGAUGUCACCCAGAACGCGCUAGGAUCGAUCCAGGUGAUCAAAUCAAAGUCUGCCGGCGGCAAGGUGGAGGCUAUUGUGUCUGUGACGGAGGUUCCUGUCGGAUCCGAUGUAAGUCAGGUUUAA